AAGACUUUCAAAAUGGCGUUCUCCAUGAGAGUGUGCGGUGCAAGUUUAUUAUCACAAACUUUAAAGAAAUCUAUCAAUUCUCGAAUAGCAAUCAACAACUGGAAAGUGAAAAAAUUUGAACUUUCAACACUUUCAAAGAAUAAUAAAGAAGUCACCGAUGAUUUUAGCAAACUAUUUCGCAAUUAUAAACACACGAAUCAAAGGUUCUCUACUAAAAGACAGCUUAAUUUGAAUUCUUUUUCUAGAAUUCAGUCACGCAAUUGUCAUAUUUUAAGAGCCCAACGAAUAACUACAAAUAAUGUAGUAGCUCGGGGUAGCCGACUAUUUUCUAGUCAAGCAAGUUCAGGAGAUGGUAAAGUUCCUCCUCCAGAGGAAAAUCCUAAAGUUGAUGAAGAGCCUGUACGAAUAGAAGCUAAAGAAGGAGGCUUAAGCCCAACUGCAGUACCUGAAAUUCCAGAAGUUCCUCUAGUUGCAAUAAAUAAAAACCCAGUGUUUCCUCAAUUUAUCAAAAUGGUUGAGAUUACAGAUCGAAACCUCAUGAAUUUGAUUCGAAUGAAGAUGAAAAUGAACAGGCCAUAUGCGGGUAUAUUUUUAAGAAAGGACGAAAAUAACGCUUCGGAUAUUGUUAAGUCAAUCGAUGAAAUUUAUAACACUGGAAUUUUUGUUAAAAUCCAUGAAAUUGAGGAACAUAAGGAAUUCAUGAGGAUGAUCAUUCAAGGUGAAAAAAGAAUCUAUAUACAAAAAGUUCUCCCCUUCCCUACUGAGGAAGUCAAAGGUCGUCGCAGACUAAGGAAAAAGAUCGUAGAACCUUCUACUGGGGACACCGAUGCAAAAUCCGCAGCGGUUACUUCAGAUACACCUUCAGAAACUUCUCAAGAGUCUACCGAUAGUAUCCCUGUUGAUGAUUUGGAGAAGAACACGAACCAGUAUGCUGAUGCCGAAACAGAUUUGGCGAAGGAAUCGGAAAACGAUGUAAACGAGGCAACAGAAGAGCAUACAGCUCAAACCCCAAUUUCUCCUCCCAGUGGAAUAAUGAUGGUCGAAGUGAAAAACGUUAAAGAACUGCCGUUUAAACAAAAUGAUGAAUUUAAGGCUGUAACUGCUGAGGUUGUCAAAACUAUCAGAGAUAUUAUUGGAAUGAAUCCAUUACAUAGGGAGACAGUUGCACAUUUACUUCAGGGAGCUGGUCGAGUCAUUGACAAUCCAGUAUAUAUAUGCGAUCUUGGUGUAUCCUUAACUUCUGCUAAUCCAUCUGAAAUGCAAGAAGUCUUAGAAGAGAAAGAUGUUCUAAAACGACUAAAACUUACACUAGACUUACUAAAAAAAGAGCAUGAGCUAAGUAAAUUACAACAGAAAAUAGGCAAAGAGGUUGAAGACAAACUAUCAAAAGAACACAGAAAACAUAUGUUGAAACAGCAAUUACAGCAUAUAAAAAAAGAAUUAGGAAUUGUUAAAGAAGAUAAGGAUGAUCUUAUCGAAAAAUUCAAAGCAAGACUUAAGGAUCUUAUCGUUCCUGAAAAUGUACAAGAAGUAGUAGAUGAAGAAAUUCAAAAAAUGGGAUAUUUAGAAAAUCAUUCAGCUGAAUACACAACUACAAGAAAUUAUUUAGAUUGGUUAACGACUAUUCCAUGGGGAAAAUUCACUGAAGAAAAUCUUGAUUUAGAUAGAGCGAGAAAUAUAUUACAAGAAGAUCACUAUGGAUUGGAUGAUGUAAAAAAUCGUAUUUUAGAAUUUAUAGCAGUGAGCAAUUUAAAAGGCUCAACGCAAGGGAAAAUUCUCUGCUUCCAUGGUCCACCCGGAGUAGGCAAGACCAGCAUUGCUCGUUCUAUUGCUAGAGCUUUAAAUAGAGAGUAUUUUAGAUUUAGCGUUGGUGGACUUGACGACGUAAGUGAGAUAAAAGGACACAGAAGAACGUAUGUAGCGUCGAUGCCAGGAAAAAUUAUUCAAUGUCUAAAGCGUACAAAGACUCUUAAUCCUUUAAUUUUACUGGAUGAAGUAGACAAAAUAGGAAUGGGACGAAAAGGGGAUCCCGCGUCAACUCUCCUUGAAUUAUUGGAUCCAGAACAGAAUUCAGCGUUUUUAGAUCACUAUUUAGAUGUUACGAUAGACUUGUCGAAAGUUUUAUUUAUUUGUACGGCAAACGUUAUCGAUACGAUUCCACCUCCGCUGAGAGAUCGUAUGGAAAUGAUAGAAGUUUCUGGGUACGUUGCCGAAGAGAAAUUAGCUAUUGCAGAACGUUAUCUUUUACCCCAAGCAGAAAAAUUAUGUGGGUUAGACUCAAAGAGAGUUGAAGUUUCUAACAAUGCCUUGGUGACUCUUAUAAAGAAUUAUUGUAGAGAAAGCGGUGUUAGAUUUCUACAGCAACAAAUUGAAAAAAUGCUAAGAAAAGCAGCUUAUAAAAUUGUCAGUAAGGAAGUGACUGGAAAUAUAAAAGUUGAUGACAAUAAUCUAACUGAUUAUGUUGGUAAACCAAUUUUUACCAGCGACAGAUUAUAUGAAAAUACACCACCUGGAGUUGUCAUGGGUUUGGCUUGGACUGCCAUGGGUGGAUCAACUUUGUUUAUAGAAACUCGUUCAAAGUCUUCUGUUGCUGCGAAAGUUCUGAAUGACAGUGAAAAUAAACCAGCUCCAGCUCCAACAGGCACCUUAUUUCUAACAGGCCAUUUGGGUGAAGUAAUGAAGGAGUCUUCAUCGAUUGCUCACACCUACUCACUUUCGUUUCUUGCUAAGCAUAGACCAGAAAAUUCAUUUUUAUCUACAUCACAUAUACAUUUACAUGUCCCUGAAGGUGCAACACCUAAAGAUGGUCCGUCUGCAGGAGUAACAAUGGUUACAGCUUUGCUAAGUUUAUCAUUGAAUGUCCCUAUUCGACAAAAUGUUGCCAUGACAGGAGAACUUUCAUUAACUGGUAAGGUUCUUCCGGUUGGAGGGAUAAAAGAAAAAACUAUUGCUGCGCGCAGAGUCGGUGUCGAUUGUAUUAUUUUACCAUCUGAGAAUAAGAAAGACUAUAACGAACUUGCCAGCUUUAUAACGGAAGGCCUCGAAGUACAUUUUGUUGAUAAUUACGAGGAUGUUUUUAAAAUUGUUUUUCCCUCUGAGAAAUUAUAG